AUGGCUCUGUUCGCCUCUACUUUCCGCUGGUUACAGCGCAAAAGAUACCAAUAUGAGGUGACCUUCUCAUUAUACAUGUUAACGCCCACCGAGAAAUUCAUCUUCAAUUCAUUCCUCUUUCUAUUCUUCUCUAUGAUCAUCAUCGCUAUGACACUGUACCUGCCUCAGCACAUCACCUUCCUCACGAGCCGAGCCUGGUUCUACUACAACGGCGACGAGAGCGCGAAGAUGGAGAUUGCGAAUUCGAGUGCAAGCACCGUGAUGGAGGUGGUGAAGGAGACGGUGGCUGCGGUGCAAAAAUCGGGUGGUAGGGAAGUUGUGGAGGGCGUUAAGGAGCUGUGA